AUGACUGGUGCAAUUCUGCAACGCGCCAAGGCCUAUGAAGCAGUCGUUGUUGCAGAGCUGCGCGAGAUUGACAAGGACACAAAAUACCUGCAAACCUGCCAGCGGAAGUAUGGCGAUAUUAUGAAUGGCCCCAUUGAGCAUCUACAGCGGGAAUUUGAGGCCAGGAAGGUUCUUCUUAAACUGCUGCAUAAGACAGUUACCCUCAUUAAAGACUCCCCGUUGCGCGCACAGGAGAUCUGGGCCAAGUUCGAGACUGCCUCCAAAGAGCUCUACUAA